AUGAGCUCUGUGAGGGGCCUGGUUCUGCCCCUUCUUUUCUUUUGCUGGGAGACUGGAGUCUUGGGAAGUUCUGCAGGCUUCGGAAUAUCAGAGCUCUCCCAUUCACCUCCUCCCUUGGUACUGAUUGCUGUGGCACGGGCUGUGGUCACCUCCCCUGUGGAGACUUCUGUCAUGAGCAGCAGCCCCACAGGAACUGGAACCACCACAGCUGAGAGAAGUGCAGGCAGUGGUCCCACAGAAGCCAUCUUUGAUACCCUUUGUACAGAUGACAGCUCAGAAGAGACAAAGAGGAUGGUGGCUGGCAGCUGGACAUUGACCCAGAUCUUCCCAGAAGCUGAGAGCUUGUCCUCAGAGAGCAGUUCAUCUGCAGACAGCUCAGUCUCGGUCAAUACCACCUCACACAUUCUGUCACCUGACGCUGCAACUAGGCCCAAGGCCUUAGUGGAAUAUAGCAUAACUCACAUUGAGUUCACCAGGGGCAGCGUCAUGAAGAUAGAAACAGUUGCCACCAUCUCUGGGACCUCAGACAUAGAAUACAGCCCCACAGGAGGGCAGGCCAUGUCCACCUCUGAGACAUCAGCUCUGUCCACCUCCACUGAGGCCAAAUCACACAUCCCCAAGACCACAGCCUCUGCUGAGACCUUGUCAACAGCCAGCACCUCAGAGUCAGCCUCCCCUGACUCCACCCCUGAGGCCCCACUGCCCACCAGUUGCACCACAGAGAGAGAAACAGCAGCAGCCCAGACGCCCACUCCCAGUGGAACCUUGGUGGCAGGUAGCACCAGCCCCUGGGAGGAAAUCUCAGCCCUCUCUGCUGGGACAACACGCCACUUGGAGGUCUCGGGAGCUGGUACACAUUCCACGGAUGCUGGGUCAACGGUGGGCAAAGUGGCUUCCUCUGCUGGGCCCAGAGCCUCCAUCUACAGCUCCUCAGAGGCAGCCACCAUCCAGAUCUCCACCUCCUCAGAGACUUUUGCCAUAGAGGGCACAACCACGGGGUCCUUCCCCACCAGCAGGAGCCCUCUUCCUUCUGUCCAUCCCUCUGCAGCCAGUAGCAGCCAAGAGACACACUUCACCUUCAGCAAGGCCACAGCCACACCAGAAUCCCCAACAGCCACUCCCACCACUGCUCAGACAAGGCAGACCAUAGAAGUCCCUGCAGCCAGUAGCAGCCAAGAGACACACUUCACCUUCAGCAAGGCCACAGCCCCACCAGAGUCCUCAAUAGCCACUCCCACCACUGCUCAGACAAGGCAGACCACAGAAGUCCCUGCAGCCAGUAGCAGCCAAGAGUCACACUUCACCUUCAGCAAGGCCACAGCCCCACCAGAGUCCCCAACAGCCACUCCCACCACUGCUCAGACAAGGCAGACCACAGAAGUCCCUGCAGCUAACACUCUGUGGGCCACCACCUCUGGGACCUUGGACUCAGAUUACAGCCCCACAGGAGUGCAGUCCGUGUCCACCUCUGAGACAUCAGCUCUGUCCGCCUCCACUGAGGCCAAAUCACACAUCCCCAAGACCACAGCCUCUGCUGAGACCUUGUCAACAGCCAGCGCCUCAGAGUCAGCCUCCCCUGACUCCACCCCUGAGGCCCCACUGCCCACCAGUUGCACCACAGAGAGAGAAACAGCAGCCCAGACCCCCACCCCCACCCCCAGUGGAACCUUGGUGGCAGGCAGCACCAGCCUCUGGGAGGAAACCUCAGCCCUCUCUGCUGGGACAACACACCACUUGGAGGUCUCGGGAGCUAGUAUACACUCCACGGACGCUGGGUCAACGGUUGGCACUGUGGCUUCCUCUGCUGGGCCCAGAGCCUCCAUCUACAGCUCCUCAGAGACAGCCAUCAUCCAGGUCUCCACCCCCUCAGAGACUUUUGCCACAGAGGGCACAACCACGGGGUCCUUCCCCACCAGCAGGAGCCCUCUUCCUUCUGUCCAUCCCUCUAUAACCAGUAGCAGCCAAGAGACACACUUCACCUUCGGCAAGGCCACAGCCCCACCAGAGUCCCCAACAGCCACUCCCACCACUGCUCAGACAAGGCAUACCACAGAAGUCCCUGCAGGUGGUGAUGGAGGCUUCCUCCUAGUGCGGCUGAGUGUAGCCUCCCCAGCAGACCUCACUGGGCCCAGCCAGGCAGAGAGCCUCAUGCAGCAGCUCCGGUGUGAACUGCAUACCCACCUGCCUCUCGUCCAAGUCUCCUUACUGCGAGUCCGGAGAGGCUAACGAACAUCAGCUGAA